UCACACCUAUGCCGCUCAACAACCGUCAGCCUGCGGGCACGAAGCUAACGUAGUCAACAACGCGCGCCAAGACUACGAUAGUAUUCAUGUCCCCAGUAACAGAAACAGUUCGUCUCUAUGAGCGGCCGUAACAGACCUCUUGCCCUAAAGCCCUCGUUUUAGCUGACCGGAUUCUAAGGACUUGGAGUUUCGCUAGUAGGGUGUGAAUCUACUAGAUCGGAACAAAACACUAGAUUAAAUUUCGCCCUAGCAAUGGCCACCGCGACGGUGGGUUUGUGGACCGAUGAUCGAUUGCCAUCCGUAAGUCCUCCGUUUGCUGCUGGUUUGGCCAGCGACCUAGCAAAAACGGAAGAGGGCCGUGACCUCGUAACAGCGGCAGAUGGCUCAGCCGCUAGAGAGCCGAUCCGUUGCGCGCCGUUUUCCGCCCUCGGGGGGCGCGGGCAAUCGGCGACCAUACGCCCGCUGCGCUUUCCCCGCGAUCCUGAAUCGGAGGAGUCGCCAGACGACUCUGCGACAACGUCGUCAGCGUCGGAUUGCGACCAUGCAGAAGCUGGUUUCGAUUGCGACCCUGGGGGCGAAAGAGGCGGAGGAGGAGGCGGAGGGGUAGGAGCAGUAGGCGACGCGGGUGUAGGUUCGCUCGCGCAUUGUGGGGUUACCUCCAUGCUGCGAUUUCGUAACCUUUCGUACUCUGUCGCAUCGGGAACGCGAAAGAGCGCAUGCCGCAAAUCCAAAACUUCGAAAGUCGCGCCGUUGCCUCAAGACGAAAGCGCGGCAAUCGAGACGUUCCCAGUAGACGUUGAAGUGGGCAGCGGGGAUAACGGAAAUACAGUCGGCAGUCUCAAAUCAGGAAGUUGGAGAUUAGGGGACGGUAUCCACAGCAUAGACAGUUUUUCGAGUGCUGGCAGCAGAUUAAGCUCGUUAGAACGCUCGAUUUCCAAGCAGAUUGGCGCGAGAAAGAAUCACAGCCGCAGGGUUCUGGUCGAUAUCAACGGCUGCGCGCGAUCGGGAGAGAUAACGGCGAUAAUGGGGGCCAGCGGCGCGGGGAAAACGACGCUGCUGAACAUCCUGGCGUGCCGCAUAGCGUCGGGUCGGCGAGCGGGCGAAGUGGAGCUCGACGGGUUACCCGUGCGAAGUGGGAUGAUGCGACGCGCGUCGGCGUAUGUGAUGCAGGACGACCUUAUGUUUCCGUCGCUCACGGUGCGCGAAACGCUGAUGUUCGCUGCGGAGCUUCGCCUGCCGCAGAGCGUGGGGCGCGAGGAGAAGGCGGCGAAGGUGGCGCGGCUGCUGGACCUGCUGGGGCUGGCUGACGUGGCGGAAACGCGCAUUGGGGACGAGGGACAGAGAGGCGUAUCCGGGGGUGAGCGGAAGCGCGUGGCAAUUGGCACGGAGAUCAUCUGCGACCCGAAGAUCCUCUUUCUCGACGAGCCCACGUCGGGGCUCGACUCGACGAGCGCGUUCCGCGUGGUGCGGGCGAUUAAAGACAUCGCGAUCAACACCAACAGCAUCGCCGUCAUGGUGCUGCACCAGCCCAGCUUCCGCGUUCUCAGCCUCGUCGACCGCCUGCUCCUCCUAGCCUCAGGCCACACCGUGUUUCACGGCGCGCCUCCCGCGCUGCCGCGCUUCCUCGCGUCGGUGGGGUUCCCCGUGCCGCAGUUCGCUAACAGCACCGAGUUCGCGCUGGAUCUUAUCGAGGAUAUGCAGCGGUCGAGCCGCGAGGUCGCGGAUUUCGUGGGAUUUGCGCGGGAAUAUGCGCGGCAGCAGGAGGAGGAGGAAGCGGAAGCGGAGCGGGAGUGGGAGAAACGGAGGGUCGGAUUUGCGGGGGAGGCAACGGUACAAACGGAGAAGAUCGAUUCGUUACAAGAACACGCUGCGCUCCGAUAUAAGCUCCACCUAGAUGGUUGCGUCCAGAUGCCGGGCCUGGAUAAGGAAGAAGGGACGCCGGAAGGGACGCCGGAAGGGACGCCGGAAAAGACGGGGAGAGGAGGAGCUGACGAAACGGCGAGAUGUUGGAACUCCAGUUAUUUCCAACUGCCCAGCGCGCGUAACGAGCCGGCUACUAACGAGGACGUGGAGACGGGCGGUGUGGAUCGGGCUGGCGAAAGCGGAAAGGCGCCUUGGUGGGGGAGAUUAGGUGGGAAGGGGGAGACGGGGAGAGCGGAAAACGGGGGAGGGGAAAAGGAAAAUAAAGAUGGCCGUAUGGAGAAGGGUUGGGAUUGGGGGGUGAAAUGGAGGGGCGGCGGGGAUGGGAAGGAGUUUGCGAAGGUUGGCGACGGGGUUGGCGAGACGAGAAAGUAUGGUAACGCAUGGUUCGCUGAGCUGGCGGUGCUGACGAGACGAAAUGCGCUGAUCACGUUUCGCACGCCCGCGCUGUAUCUCCUGCGACUGGGGCUGAUCGCUAUAACGGGGAUACUGCUGGCGACGAUCUUCUUCCGACCAGAUGAAAGCAUGAAGGGCUUUCAGGAGCGCCUGGCCUUCUUCUCCUUCGCCAUCUGCGUGCUCUUUUUCGUCUCGUGCGACGCCGUCCCCAUCUUUAUUCAGGAGCGCAACAUUUUCCUGAGAGAGACCAGCAGCAGUGCCUACCGCCCGUCCACCUACCUGCUCUCCUCCUCGCUCGUCUACCUGCCCUCCACCUCCUCAUGGCGCUCACGCUAGUGCUCGAGGCCUGGUGGUGCCUGGGGCUGCAGGGCGGGGCUCAGGGCUUCUUCUUCAUGGUGCUGGCUUGCUUCGCCAUGCUGUUUACCGGGAAUGCGAUCGCCACGUGCGUCAGCAUCUGCGUCAACCAUGUGGUGCUGGCCUACGCUGUGGCCAUCGCCCUCAUGGCAUACUUUGCCCUUCUCAGCGGCUUCUACAUCGACAAGGACAGCAUCCCGGGCUUCUGGAUAUGGCUGCACUACCUCUCGCCCAUGAAGUACGCCUACGAGUCACUCGCAAUCAACGAGUUCGGCAGACCUGGAGGCCCCUGUUACCUGGCAGCUGGUACAAUGUUCGACAAUACACCCGUGGCGCCUUACAUAAAUGGAACAACUAUAAAUAAGGCAAUGAUGGGGAUGCGCCAGGUGCUGGCUGGUACCCCUUACAGCAAAAUCGCUGCAAGCACAUGCUUGCGGGACGGCCCUCAGCUGCUAAUAACUACACUAUCGGUGAAUGAGCUCAACAUGUGGGAGAAUGUUGCGGUGCUGAUGGGGUUUGGAGUGGUCGUACGGUUCGUUACGUUUCUCCUCUUGGUGCGGUUCAGUAAAGCGAAGCAGCAGUGAGAGGGCAGGGUGUGGCUACCCCUCUAUAAGGGAUUAAGGCAUAUUCUAUGGCAUACAAGUGUAUCAUUGUAACAAUAACAUAAUGCUACUGGCUAAUC